AUGGCACCUAAAGGUGGUGGUGGUGGUGGUGGAGAUGUACUUAGGAAAAUGGUCGCGGACGAUAUUUACUAUGAUUCGAAAAAAGGAGGUGGAGGAGGAAAAGGAGGCGGCGAAAUGACCAUUAGUAGCAUACCUAUAGACAACAACUACUAUGCUGAAGAAAUAAUUGGUAACGACUACAACUACAAGUCAGACACCUACUCGUACUACUAUUACUAUUACAACAAAGGGACACCAUCGAGUUUAACAUCUUCACCAACCAAGACAACGUUAGCUCCUCCAAGCACAAGCCUCACUUUAAAAAAAGGAACGACGACAACCAAGUCAAAUACUCCUGCAAGCACUACCAAAACUUUAAUUGAAGAAACGACGACACCCAAACCAAGUGCACCUGCAAGCACAACUCUCGCUUUAAUUCAGGAAACGUCGACAACCCAGCCAAGUACGCCUGCAAGCACAACACUCGCUUCAAUUCAAGAAACGACAACAACCCAGCCAAGUACGCCUGUAAGCACAACCCUCCAUUUAAUUCAAGAAACGACGACAACCCAGCCAAGUGCACCUGCAAACACAACCCUCGCUUUAAUUCAGGAAACGACAACAACCCAGCCAAGUGCACCUGCAAGCACAACCCUCCCUUUAAUUAAGGAAACGACGACAACCCAGCCAAGUACGCCUGCAAGCACAACACUCGCUUCGAUGCAAGAAACGACAACAACCCAGCCAAGUACGCCUGUAAGCACAACCCUCCAUUUAAUUCAAGAAACGACGACAACCCAGCCAAGUACUCCUGCAAGCACAACCCUCGCUUUAAUUCAGGAAACGACGACAUCCAAGCCAGGUACGCCUGCAAGCACGACGAUUACUCAUACAGAAACAUCUCCAGGCACAACGUCUUUAGUUACUACGCACAGUUCAGUUGAAGACUUGACAUCCAAAUCAAGUAUUACCCACAGUUCAACUUCUGUCGACGAGAGUAUGAAAACUGAGACAAGUACGCCUGCAAGCACUACAAACAGUGUUGUUGAAGAAACGACGAAAACACUUAUAUUUGCAGAAAUGCCAUCCUCACCUACGCUUUCGAAUACUUCACACAAUUUACUUCAGUCGUCGGCAACUGAAGUAACAAGUACAACAAAAGCCUCGGCGCCGAUCUUAAAACGGGUUCGAAUGACUACAUUUGAAGUUGCGAAAUUAAUAUACAGACGUUUGCUUAAAAACUAUGAUCACAGAAUAAGACCGAUCCAGAAUCAAACACAUCAACUAUAUGUGAACACUAAGUUUGUACCUGUCAGCUUGAUUGACUUUGACACAUACGAACAAAGGUUUUCGAUGCUUGGCUACUUCAGAAUUCGUUGGACAGAUGAGCAGAUGAUGUGGCGACCAAAAUUUAACAGGUUCAUAGACACCGUUAAAUUCGCUACUGCAGAGGUCUGGACUCCGAAUAUCGUCAUUCAAAAGUCCUUUGAUGGACAUGGUGGCGUUGGCAGCCCCGAAACGGACAUUUUGAUGGUUUCCUGGAACGGCCUUGUCCAGUGGGUACCAGAGGCUACAUACUCGGUUGUGUGUGACGUCGAUAUUCAGUACUUUCCGUUUGACGAACAAACCUGCACGAUCACGUACUACGCUGCAGAUGAGACGGUGGACACCGUAGAGCUUGACCAUUACCUCGGUACCGACAUGUCUGAGUAUUCAGAGAAUCCCUCUUGGGUUAUUGUUGGAGCUUCACGCAAGCGCUACAUUAAGGACAAUAAUUGGUACAUCGAUGUAGAGUUUCGCCUGCAGAGGCGUGCCAAUUUUGCGACGUUUACAUUGAUUACCCCUCUCAUGAUGCUAGCUUUCCUAAACAUCUGCGUAUUUCUUGUGCCGAUUCAUUCGGGCGAGAAAGGGUCGUUCUCGGUUACGAUUUUCUUAUCCUACGGAAUCUUCUUCACUGUGAUCAGCGACACCCUUCCGCAGAACUCUUUGCAGAUUUCGUUCUUUAUCCUGUUGAUUGUCGUCUUGCUUUGUCUCAGUGUAGUUUCGGUUUUCUACACGGUGAUUCAAGCUAAGCUCGUGUCGGCAAUUGGCUCCAAACAGUGUCCUAUCACAUGUCUCCGCAACAUGCAACGGAUGAAUGCCAACAAGGUGACUCCCAUUGAACACUACAUCGAGACAGGCAGACACGAUCCAGAGGACGAGUCUUAUACAUGGGAAGACUUCCUUCAACAGCUUGACACGUUUCUCUUCGUGUCGUUUCUGAUCACUAUACUACUGAUUGCUGCGAUAUUUUUCGCCAUCCUUAUGCGUCACGUUGCAACUGGAGAUGAGAUGUUUGAUACUGACCCCGAGACCACCAAACGGACAACUCCUAUCACGACUCUCGCUUCUACCUGA